AGUCGCCACCAUCGAGCGCAAAGAGUUUUUAUUAAAGUCGCGCACAUUGGACGACGCAGAAGUGUGCCCGCGUGUGCCUUACCUUACCCCUUUGACAUGAGUGCCGCCACCCUUCGCCUGCUCAGCAAAACCAAACAGACCGCCCGCAUUGUCAUUGUGGGGGCUGGAUCGGCGGGCAUUGCGGCUGCCACGCGACUGCUGGAGCAGGGCUUUCGGAAUGUGCUGCUGCUGGAGGCGGAGGAUCGCAUCGGGGGCCGCAUCCACACGAUUCCGUUCGCGGAUAAUGUCAUCGAUCUGGGUGCCCAGUGGUGUCACGGCGAGCAGGGCAACGUGGUGUACCAGCGGGUGAAGGAUCAGCAAAUGCUGGAGGUGACGGACCCCCACUACGAAAACUUCAAGUGUGUGCGCUCCAACGGGGAGGUGCUGCCCGAGGCUAUUGCUGACCAGCUGAAGAAAAUCGCCUUCGACUCGAUUCCGGAGCGACAGGCGGAUCUGGGCGGCUACGAGGGCUCGCUGGGCGACUACCUCAACAUGAAGUACUGGCAGGAGCUGGCCAAGCUGCCGCCCAUCGAUCGCACCAUUGCCGAGGAGUUCCUCGAAGUGUUCCACAAGUUUGAGGCAUCUGUGGAGGCGGCAGAUCAUCUGUACGAAGUGUCUGGCCGCGGACAUCUGGAGUACUGGCUGUGCGAGGGCGAACUGCUGCUCAACUGGCGGCUCAAGGGCUACAAGCAGUUCCUCCGCGUCCUGAUGGCUGUACGGGACGAUCAGCCAGAGGAUCUGGGCGUGCUCAGGGGACACGUGCUGCUGAACAAGCGCAUUGCGGAGAUUAACUGGCAGGGAGCCGACGAGCUGACGAUCCGCUGCUGGAAUGGUGAGAUCAUCACAGCGGAUCACGUCAUCUGCACCGUCUCCCUGGGCGUGCUGCAGGAGCAGCAUAAACAGCUCUUUGUGCCCGCCCUGCCCGCGGCAAAAGUGCGGGCCAUCGACGGCCUUCGAUUGGGAACGGUGGACAAGCUAUUUCUGGAGUUCGCUGCGCCGCCCCUGCCCGAGGAUUGGCCCGGCUUCAACUGUCUCUGGCUGCAGAAGGAUCUGGAGGAGCUGCGCGGCACGGAGCUGUUUUGGCUGGAGAGUGUCUUUGGAUUCUAUCCAGUCUCGCACCAGCCACGCAUUCUACAGGGCUGGAUCAUCGGAGCGCAUGCGCGCCACAUGGAGACCCUCACAGAGGAGAAGGUGCUCGAGGGCUUGCUCUGGCUGCUCCACAAGUUCCUGCCGUUCGAUGUGCCCCAUCCGAAGCGCUUCCUGCGCACCCAGUGGCAUGCGAAUCCCAACUUUCGCGGCAGCUACACCUUCCGCUCCACCUACACGGAGGAGCUGCGUACCGGUGCCUGGGAUCUGGAAGCUCCGCUGCUGGAUAUUGGCGGCAGGCCACGCCUGCAAUUCGCCGGCGAGUCCACCCACAAGCACUACUACUCCACCGUGCAUGGGGCCGUGGAGACGGGCUGGCGCGAGGCGGAGCGUCUGAAUGCCUACUACCGGCAUCGAACGUCGCAGCUGUGAGCCAGAAUGCAGAAGGGCCAUAAAGGGGCAUACAAAAAAUAUACAAUAAGUACGAGCACGAGUACGGGUACGGGUAGGGGUACGAGUACGAGUACGGGUACGGGUCUGAGUCCAGCGCUGUUCAACUUAAAUACAGAUUUUGAUAAGAUCAAAUUUAAUCGAUUUGAGCAUUUAUUGGACUAUACCAUGAAAGCAAUUCAACACUGCAAACCAGCGAGAGCUCCACUCGGAUACUUUAAGUAAAUAAAUAAAUAAUUGUAUUGGCUGAAAAGGAGGAGCAGAUUU